AUGGCUUUUGCCGAUGAAUUUUUACGAACGAACAAGGAUGACCUGGGAAACAAUAGGACAUUAUUAAGUAUUAAUUGUAUGAUGCCAUUAUUGAAUGAAUAUUACCCAGAGUAUAUUUUAAGAUCUUCAAUAACGCCUUCCUAUGCAUCCACACAAAAGACACAGGGAGAACUUAUCUUAUAUGAUGAUGUUCGUAAUCGGAUUUAUUCUAUACAAAUUAAAAAUAGCAAAUGUAUGUGUAAAAGAAUUUACGAGAUAAGCAAAGAUUUUCAGUUUAUCAGCAUAUCAAAAGACGAUAAACUUUAUUUUGCUUCAAAUGAUUCCAUUUACGAAUGUAAUAUUUUUACUGGAAAAAGUAUAAGAAUAUUUUAUAAUGAUGAGAAUAACAAGUAUAACAAGCUUAUGAUCAAUAUUUCAAGUAAUGAACGUUUUACUUGUCUAAAAAUCAAAGAUAAAAUUAUUAUUUAUUCAAUUGAAUUAGACAUUCCUAUUGCUUCUUUGGAUAUAAAUAAUGAUACUCAAUUAUAUAAUUUUAUGAAACUAACUGGCUCAAGUAAUUUAUUACUUCCUUUAUUAAAUAAUAGUGAAAUUUGGAAUUCCAUCAUGAAACAUUAUUGGGAAAAACGUUUAAAGCAUUCAGAACAGAAUAACGAAUUAUCAAAAGAAUACAGAACUGAAAGUUUACCAAAUCAAAUUCAAAUUACAAAUGAAUACGCAUUCAGAGUUAUAAAUGGAUAUGUUUGGAAGAUUAAACUUGAAAAUUCUGAUGAAAUUCUUGAAAACUUGAAUAAAUAUGUUAAUAAUAAUAAUAAUAUUGUCAAGGAAUCUUAUGAAACAUAUGAACGCCUAGCUAUUCACUUAUUUAAUUCACAUAUAAAUAUUAAAUAUGAAGAUAUAUCAACUGAAAAAUUUAAAUUUAAAGAAGAAAAUCAAGAACCAAUAGAACUAUCUCAAAAUUUAAUUAAAUGGAAUAUAAAAAUUAAUUAUAAAAAUACUGAAUUGCAAGUUUAUAAAAAAAUUGAUGUUGAUAACGAAUGGAGUUUAAUUUGUGAAAAAAGGAUUGAUGAAUUUAAUAUUUGUUAUACACCAAAGCUAUUAAGUGAUAAUUAUAUCUUUAUAUUAACAACAUUUGGUAUUUUUAUUUAUCAUUUUGAUGAAGUUAAGAAAUCUAUUUUUUUAAGCUAUUUUUAUAAUAUGAAUCUAGACAAAUAUGAUGAUACAGAAAAAUUACAAUUUCAUUAUGAAAAAGUGUUCUCAACUCCUACUUUACCUUUACCAAAUUAUGAUAGUUUCAAAUUAAAUGAUAGUUGGGUUUCAUACAUAAUAGAUAAUAAGGAAAAUCUUUUAAAAUAUGGUGCUGAAUUAUUAUCAUUUGCGAUUAAAGAACAUAAGUCAGAAUUAAUAGAUAAGAUUUAUAAUAAAUCUAUAAUUUAUUUUAAGGAAGAUGUGAGGAACAAUAGGAUGUUUUUAAGUAUUUUUAGUUGUAUGAUGCCAUUGUUAAAUGAAUAUUAUCCAGAGUAUAUCUCAAAAUAUUUAUUAGAAACAAAUUUGAUUGUAGAUUCUCCUUUUUAUACUAUAACAUAUAAUUUACAUCUUCAUUCUUUUCAAUAUUUUCAAAUAUUUGAUUUAACUCUAUGGUCAGAAUAUCAAAAUAAUAAGAAAGUAAAUUAUAUUUUAAAUACUAUUCAACAAUUGGCUUGUCAUAUCUAUAAAUUUUCAACCAAUAUAACAAAACCAACAAAACCAACAAUUACCUUUAUGAUUCCUUAUAUUAAGUUCGUUAGUUACCCACAAAAAUAUGAUUGGUUUUUAGAAUUAAUUAAACCUCAACCUAGUCCAUUUAUUGAAGCAAUAAAUGAAAAUUUUUACAAAACAUGGAAUGGAGAAGCUUUAAUUAACUUUAAAUGGAAUAUAUAUGGAAGAUAUUAUUAUAUGAUAAUUUGGAUUAUGUUUAUGACUUUAUUUGGAUGCUUUACUAUUGUUGCAACAAUUCCACAACUAUAUAAUAAUGGAUUUAUUCGAAUUCAACUUUUGAUUAAUUCAAUCAUAUUGGGAUUUAUUCAUCUUAGUUUUGAAAUUCGUCAAAUGAUUUAUAAUCCUAUUAAAUGGAUCUAUGAUUUCUGGAAUAAAAUUGGUAUAUAA